GCGAACAGUCAACAUUCACCAGCUGAUCGCAAGUUUCUCAACAAGGCACGCCAGAGCCAUCCAUUCGUGAUAUUAAUAACUAAAAAUACGCCUAUAACAAUGGCUACAGAGGUUCCGAAAGGCAAAAAAGUAAUAAAACUCGGAGAUAUGAUGGCUAACCUGCCAAAAUUAGACGAAUUCCAGAUGAAAAUAUUGGUGGCGGUGUUGGUCGGCCUCCUCACACUGUAUAUUCUCUUCAGACUCUUCCGGUCAGGCAGUAAGCGCCAUGGUGUGCUGCUGAUGGGGCUCUGUGAAUCCGGCAAGACACAGCUCUUCUCACGGAUUUGCUAUGGGGCUGAUGUAACCACAGUCACGUCUAUGAAGCCCUCAAAUGCAGAAUUCAAAGUUGGCAAGAAAUCUCUGACUAUAUACGACGUACCUGGUCACGAACGCAUACGCUAUGCUGCCUUUGAGAAAAUCAAGAAUGUUACUGGAGGUAUAGUCUUCCUUGUCGAUUCAGCAACUAUCCAGAAAGACGUCAGGGAUGCGGCUGAAUUCCUUUACAGCGUUCUGUGUGACGAAACCAUCCAAAAUGGUCAGCCAAGGAUCCUUGUGGUUUGCAACAAGCAGGACCUUCCCCUGGCUCGCUCUGCCCAGCUCAUCUGCAAGAUGAUGGAGAAGGAAAUGAACCUCCUGCGAGAGACACGCUCCAGCCAGCUGCAGUCGACCAGCGGCACAGGCAACAAUAACAGCUUCCUGGGGCAUCCUGGCCAAGACUUCGAGUUUGGACACUUAGGAGGUAUCAAGGUGGACUUUGUGGAGGCUGUAACAAAGGAAGGGGAGAAAAUUGAUCCUGUCACAUCCUGGUUAGAGAGAUUGGCUUAAGAGGUGGCAUGCUGCACAGGAAGUGGAUGGUGUAAUGUCCUGAUACCAAGUUGUGCCAUGUGUUGGAGAGGCUGAGGAGAUCUUCAGGCUGACUGUGAUCCUGACAGCUGUCAGUAGAAACUCCUCUCUUUGAGAUUCAAGAAAUAUAAGACAGUCAGACCAUCAUAUGACUGCUGGACUUUCUGAAUUGAGAGUGCAGAAUUGAGCCACUGCAAAUAAUUUAGCCAAGUCACAUUUUCUGAUUCUCAUUAUACACUAAAUGAUAGAGAAAUGAGUUUUUAUUUAUGUAUCAACUGUGUUCUAGUAAAAAAAAAGACUUUUUUGUUGUUCCUGCUGGCAUAUGUACCUUGAAAAAAUACUGAGAAUAAGUAGUUAAGGUCAACAGUGUGUAAUAUAUUUUUUAUUUCUUCCUGAUUGACAUUAAAAAGAGAAUUAAUCAUUUGUGUCUGAGUUUAUUAUUAUUAUUACUUUAUUUUUAGAUUGACUUGAGAACAGAUACAUGAGUAGUGUAACUUUAAAUGAAUAGCAUAUUGUUGUUGACUUCUUUUUAGUUGUUUAUGUAAUCAUUACAUACGUACACUAAUACGUUUGCAGAAAUUGUUUUCUUUGAUGAAAGUGGUACGAGGUACAACAAUUGAAUUUUGUAUUACUGAAGACAAAAAUAAAAUAACUAAGUAAUACUUGGUUUACAGACCUUGAAGAAAUGUUCAUACAAUUUGAAUUAUUUUUAUUAAAUAUUUAUCUACAUUUUGAUGUUACUAUUUAUACAUAUUCAGGAAAGAUUUUUUUCCUCCAAAAAUGUCAUCUUACAAAUUUUCCAGCUUCUACUCUUGCUCCCUUAACUCUUUUUUCCUCGGCCUCCUGGAACUUCCCAAUCAGACCAGCCAAUAUAACCUUCUCUUUACUUCCUCCUUUUCUUCCUUCUUGUUUUCCUUGUCCUCCUACUUUCAUGCUUUUCUCCUCCCAGUUUUCAUGUCUGAUUUUCUGACUUGCUUUGUUUGUGCUUCUGCUUUUAUAAGGCGUGUAUUUGGUAAAAUGUGAAGUGAGAUUCGUUCAUAAUUUUAAAGGAUUGAAAUGCGAAUCUCACUUAAUUCUUCAAGAGAAUCUGAAUUACAACCGGUGUUUAUUUUUCAUAAUAAAUGUAAAACAAAAUCA